CCGGCCCGUCGCCGUGCCGCGCGGCGGGCGCGGCCGCCUCGCCAAUAACGUCCGGCCUGCCGCACCCCACUUCCGGGGGGCGGCCCGUCGGCUCGCGGGGGCGGAGCAAGAUGGCGGUGGUGCCGGCGCUACCGGUUUCCCUCUCGGGCAGGUUUAAAGGAUCCUUUGCAUAUUUUACGAUUAAAGACAGACUGCCCCAGAUCCUUACAAGAGUUAUUGAUACUCUGCAUCGACAUAAAAAUGAAUUUUUUGAAGAACAUGGUGAGAAGGGUGUUGAGGCAGAGAAGAGAGCUAUAUCUUUCCUCUCCAAACUGCGGAAUGAACUGCAAACAGACAAACCAGUGACCCCUUUAGAAGAUGAGCUGCCUGAUGCUGCGCUGUGGAACCACUACUUAGACUACCAACGAAAUUUAUCAAAUGGAAAUGGAGAACCGAGCUGGUUUCAGUCCCCUUGGUUAUAUGUAGAGUGUUACCUGUAUCGAAGAAUUCAUGCAGCAUUAGCACAAAACCCGCCUAUUGACAACUUUGAUGUAUUUAAGGAAGGAAAAGCUCAAAAUUUCUUUGAAUCCCAAGAGGCUGUUAUUGCCUUAUGCACUUACUUUCAGGAACUUCUUAAAAAUAUCAAGGAUCUAGAUGAAAAGCAACUUCAGGAGGAACUUUUUAAACUGCUGCAGGUGUCAUUGUGGGGCAAUAAGUGUGACCUUUCUUUUUCAGCUGGUGAAGGCAGAUCUCAGAAAUCUAGUCCUUUACAGUCCCUGGAAAACAUGAUACCUUACAUCUUAGUGAAUGAUAUGGAAAAACUUUGGUCACUGCUUGUAAACACCAAAAAAAGAAAUACAGAAAAAAGUAAUGUUAGAGUUGACAUAAUCCUGGAUAAUGCUGGAUUUGAACUUGUAAGUGAUCUUGUGUUGGCUGACUUCCUGUUAUCAUCAAAGCUAGCCGAUGAGGUCCAUUUUCAUGGAAAAAGUAUUCCAUGGUAUGUGUCAGAUACCACAAAGCAUGAUUUUAACUGGACUGUUAAACAACUGCAGUCAGCUAAUCAUAUGUGGAUGUCUAGAUGUGGGAUAAACUGGGAGGGGAAUUUGAAAAAGGGAGUUUGGGUUUACCAUGAUCACAUGUUUUGGACUUUGCCACAUGACUUUUCCAGUAUGGCUGAAGUUGCUCCUGACUUGUAUGCUGAUCUACAGAAGUCAAACUUGCUUCUUUUCAAAGGUGAUUUAAACUAUAGAAAAUUAACAGGAGACAGAAAAUGGGAAUAUACUGUUCCGUUUUGUCAAGCCUUGAACAAGUUUCAUCCUGCACCUCUCUGUAGUUUGAGAACACUAAAAUCUGACACUCAGGUUGGCCUAAAACCUGGACAGGGUGAACAAAUUCAGGCUUCUGAACCUGAAUGGAUGGUAAGUGGAAAAUAUGGGGUGGUUCAGUUUGAUGCUGCUCUCUAAAUGGUUCCUAAUACUCUGAAAGAGAUUCCGUCUGAAUUUUAACUACUUUCUCUGUUCCGUGCUUCACUUCAGCAAAGAUUCUUUGUUUGCGCUUUUUCCUCCAAAAUGAUUUGUUGGUUUUGUUCAACAAAAGACUUUGUUGUACAAAAGUUUACAAACUGUCUUUGUAUACAUAAAUCAGUCUGCAUUUCAAUAUAUUUUGUUUUCCUAAUGUCCUGUGUCAGCAAAUGUUUAAGAUAAACAUUUAUUUGUCCAUAAUAUUUUUUUUUUCUUCAUCAGUGGGUAUGAGAGUUCAUGGCUAACAAGUGAAAAAUCUGCUUCAGAAACCAGUUCCUCAAUCCCACAUUAGCAUGUAUUUACUUAUUUCAGGAUAAUUUGUGCUCCAUAUGCCAUGUAUUGCAUGAAAGUUAAUAUUUUAGAGAAUGCAGAAAUCAAUUCCAGAUAGGUUUUUUGGAACUCAUUGUAGGAUCAUAUUUUAAAAUUGUUGAAAAUUGAGUUGACUUCUACCAAGAUUUUAUUACAUAAUUUGGUUUUUGCUUGCUUCAUGUCUCCAUGGACAGGUAACUUUUGAUGUUUUUUAUAUAGUUGACGGUAUGUUGAGAGAAAAGUUCGUGGGUGAUACCUUAUAAAUACUGAUUUCAAAUUUGAAAAUUAAAUUUUAAUUUUAAAAUACAAGUAGAUGUUGCUAGCUCGUUGCCUGUAGGAGGGGAGUUGUCCCACCUGGUGGGAAGAUCAAUGGCAGAAAGGACAAUCUCACAUUAAGAAUAUGGAAGAUAUUGUUUAUCUAAGAACCUCUACCAAAAAAAAGCACACAAAAAAUCCCACCAGACAAACCAACCAGCCAACCCAACCGGUUACAUUGAUUAGAUUUUAAAUUUAAUACAGAUUUGAAUUAGAGGUGGCCUGUCUGCAGUGUUUGUGUUUCAAGCACUACUGCCCCUUUCUGUUGUGAUAAUUCUCUGUCAAAAGUAUUUUGUUGUUUUUUUUUUUAAGAAGGAUGCUGUCAUUUGCAUGGGGGAAAUACAACCCCAGUUGCACUGAGAAGUAUAUGCUAGAGAAGUGUACACCAUACAGGUUGCUGCUAAUUGGAACUGUUAGAUGCCCAUUUCUUCUCUCCUACCUUGGUCUCAAAUUCUUCAGAAUUUUUGGGAAAAUUUAGGGAUGGUUUAGUGAGUGGCAUGAAAUGAAAGUGGAAAUGCAUUAUCCAUUUAUAAAGGAAAAACUGAAAUUGAGUCUGUCAAGUCUUAAAGUACUUCUGAGGUUUGAAAUAAGACCUCUGAUAGGGGACUGAUGUAAUGCCAGUGAUAACCACAGGUUUGUUAGAAAACAGUGACAGCAUAGAGUCUGACUGGGUUAUGUCCUUGUCUAGAGCUGCUAAAAUGCAGUGAGCUUGCCCCUGGUAGCCAAGGUGGCUGUGUUGUAGAGAUCAGGAGUAGACAGCAGGAAAACUUCUAUCUCACAUAUGUCUUGCACAGUGAAAAGGAGAGCUCAGAAGUGGCCCUAUCUGAAUACAUUCUGGAAGUGGUGCUAUGGCAAGGGAGCUGGAAUGACUGUGUGGUUGGUAGAAAGUGGAUUUAGAAAGACUUUUGCACUUAUGGUUAACCUAAGACAAGAAUAAGCUUUGGCAGGCCUAAAGAAGUGGGAGAGGGGGAAGUAUUUGAUACCUAUUUCAGGCUUUGAAAAUGAAGCUGGAUUCCUCUUCUGGUCAGUGAAAUCACUGAAAAAGCAUGUCUUCCAAAGUGGAGAGAAUCAGCUGCUGCUUAUUGUGUUCAUACAAUAAAGAUCUGUACAGUGAAUAAAUAAGCUCCAGCUGCUGAUGACUUUGGUUAUUUUUGGUUGUGUUCUUCUUACAUCUGAAAGUAUAUUAAUAUUUCAAAGUUGCAAAGUCAAGUAAGUAUUCAAAAACAAAGAUGCUAGGAAUUUCAGGAGGCAAUGUGAUAUUGUAGGUAGGGUUCUACUUUUGAGACCUGGGUUUGGUGUUCUCAUAUCUGUCGUAUCUCUGGCUUAGUACUCCUAAAGUAUGAAUUCAUGCUCAUCCUUAGGCACCUGAUUAAACUGCGUAAGUUAGAAACCCAGUCAAGAGCUGAAGGUCCGAGUGCUGAGGGUCUCUGACUGGAGAGAGCUCAGGGGGCUCCUGUGAAUCUGGGCACUGGAGCCUGUUUCUCGUCUGUGAAAAUGCUGUUAACUUGUUUCAAAUGCACUUUGAAGCAACAACUUUGGGUCAAGAGCAGAGGGAUGGAAGUUGUUGAACACAUGCAAUGCAAACUUCCCGCAUUGUUCAGAGAGACAAAAUGAUUACAGGAAGAAAUCUGCAUUGCCUGCGGACAGAUUGUUUGUAAGAUUUUUGCUGUGUGCUGGCUUAAUUUGCUGGGGAGGUUUAAAAGUGUGUAAUGGCCAAGAAGAGAAAGGAUUAUUUCACUAUUGAGGCCACCCUUGAACAGUAGAUUUGUCUUCUACACAAUCUUUACACAAACUGAGAAACUUGGUUUCAUUUUUCACUGGUGUUUAAUGUGUGUCUCUGCCCAGGUUGCUUUCGAGCUGUUAUUUCUGGGAAUUCACGAUGCAGAUCAGUGCAAAUGAAUAUUCCGAAGUUAUGAUAAAUAGAAUCCUACAAAAUGCUAAAUCACCUAGGAGAUGCAGCAGUAAUCACUCAGUAUUACUGAAUCAUCUUAUUGGAGAUUGUUGCAUUAAUGUUUGUGAGGAAGUAGGGUGAUUUCAUGAGUACUGUAAAACGUAGUUUAACUUAGAUCAGCAUUUGAAUGCUAAUGUAAGAUAUAAUGUCAUGCUGAAAAAAAAAGGAAAUACAUCAAGUUAGUUCUGUUCUCCAGUUCAUUAAGUGACCACUUUUGAUCUUUUGCCCCUCACAAAGAGAGGUUUAUGUGGUAAUAUACUGUGUGGCUACAUAGUUACGUGAGGAAAGUACAGCCAUAACUGCAAUUACAGCUAUAGAAGUCAAACAAGUAUUUGGAAAUAUUUGCUAUAUAUAGACAGAACUGAAGGGGCAGCAUACUUUUCUGUUUCUUGGGUUGGCUAUGUUUUUGCAAGAAUUGGAUUGAUUCUAUGAUAUAAAAAUAAAUGGUGCUGUAAUGCCAGUGUUACAUUCUCCCAUGCCACAAAGAAGUAGUGAAGACAUAUUCCAAUGAGGCACUGUGCUCUGCUGUUGCGUUCGCUACAGUUUAGUAGGAGAUGCUUUUGUAGAUACUCAAUUACUUGUGGAAUACAGCUUCAUAAAAUGGCAGCAUGUGCCUACUGCAUUUGCGUGGAAUUUGCUGUUAUACAACAUAAAGCAUAUGUUAUAACAAUAGCACAUGCUAUAAUACAACUUUUUUUCUUCUUGAGUAUUCAAGAAAGUUGCUUCUGUACAUCUGUGUUACAACUGAUUACCCAAAACACUUACACAGCAUAACUCAGGAGCUGCCUGUUUGUGUACCCAAAUUCUUGAGAUUUUAUUCAUUUCAUGUGCCAUUUGAGUAUUUGUAGCAAAAACAUGGGCAUUUUCAGUAAUUCUGAGGACCACAAUAGACCAACAUCUUUUGACUUACAUUUUUUUGUUCUACCUUUUGAGAAACUCUACUUGUAAAUCAGUUUUUGAUAGCAAUGAUUUGAUUUGUGAUGAAACAGGAGGAAAAGUAAUGUCACAGGCACAGUGAAAGCCACUAUACACAAGUCUGAAUACCUGAUAAUUCAUUAAAGAAGAUAUGAUAAUUCUGUAUGUAUAUAAGGCUUCUUAAAAUAAAUAGAUGUGGAAAGUAAGUUGAUUGUAUGACUGGAAAUGGUUGCAAGAAUAUUGAAAUAAGAUACACAAUUUUGUGCAAAAGUCAAACAUCGUUAUAAUAUUUUGGGGGCUGGGAAAGCCAACUUAAAAUUAUUCAGGUCUUGGUUCCUGAAGUUGUUUUCUCUGAUACAGAUGUUAUACAAAAACCUGUAAACCAUACUUAUCUAAUGAGGUGCAGGAGAUGGGUAUCAUAAAAUGUUCCUCCUCAUCAAGAUUAGGGCAGUAUUAAGGAAUUUCCUACCUUGUUACUUUAUCAAUAUUCUUGUCCAAAUUUCAAGACUUUAAAGCAUUGAUUGAGUCUCUUACAAUGUAUCUGGUAAUUACGUAAGGUUGGUGCAGCUGAUGGUGUUGUUAUCAGGAUCACUUCCCAAACUGAUAGGUGUUCCAUAUGUUGUCAACAAAAAUGGAAAUUUUUUAGUGUUACGCUUGCUGUAACUAAAAUAUUUCCAAAUCACUUUUUUUUUACACACCUUACUGAUGUCCCAUGAACCCUAACUAUUGUUGAAAUAGUUCCUUUAAAGUUCAUAGUGCACUUCCAUUCAUGGUUGAACUACUUAACUACUUGGUCCACGUGAAGCAUGUUUAUCUCCUGUACUCUCAGUCAGUGUAGGAAAAAUGUUCACUCUAUUGCAUGAUAAUUAUCACAUGAAAUAUUUUUAAUCUAAAACCCCUGAAAUCAUGUCUAAAAUGGAAUUUUGUAUGGAACUUAGUUUUUUUCAUUAAACUGUUUGUUUGCUUACAAGCAUUCUGUUUACUCAGAAUUACGGAACAUAAGUUUGGGAUUAUUUUUAUUUAAUGUCAGUUCAAAAUCACCUAAGACUUACCUAAGAAUUUUAAAAUAAAACUGAAAAUGUGCUCGUUUAA